GGUUAUUUAGUUCAAAAAUUGAGUUAUGUACAAAAUGUAGGAUCGAUUUAUUGUCUAUUUUGUACAAAAUCUCGUUGAGUAACAAUGGCACCCCCUAAAAGUCGCAAGAUAGCUAUAAUGGGAUUUCGUUCAGUGGGCAAAUCUUCACUAACCAUACAGUAUGUAGAAGGUCAGUUUGUAGACUCAUACGAUCCUACCAUCGAAAACACAUUUACAAAGAAUAUUAAAUACAAAGGACAAGAAUUUAACUUAGAAUUAGUUGACACUGCUGGACAGGAUGAAUAUUCGAUUUUUCCUCAGUCCUAUUCUAUGGGAAUCCAUGGCUAUGUUCUAGUUUAUACAGUCACUUCUGCUAAAAGCUUUGAGGUUGUAAAAGUUAUUCAUGAAAAGCUUCUUGAUAUGACUGGACAAAACUAUGUCCCAGUUGUGCUGGUAGGGAACAAGACUGAUUUACACAUGGAAAGGGUUGUCAGUACAGAAUCUGGUAAAGUUGUUGCUGAUUCCUGGAAAGCUGCUUUUUUUGAAGCCUCUGCAAAAGAGAAUAGUUGUGUUCAAGAAAUCUUCCAGAGUAUGUUGUUCGAAAUAGAAAAGCACCAAAAUGGAACAGUGGAGAAAAAAGAAGAUUGCACAAUUUUAUGACCCAUCAAUUUGAGCACUURAAUAUGCAUACAUAAACAUGACAUCACCUUAUUAAUGCAUACACCCAAUUUUUGCAAAAAUGUUGUCCCAUGCCAGAAAAAUAAUGUUAGCUAAAGAACAUACCUUCAAAUACAAAACAAAAAGAUUGACUGGGCAUCUUUUUAAUGAWUUCAGGACUAUGUUCCUCAUUCUCAGGAUCUCAGGAUAACAUUUUUGCUUUAUUAGGUUUAUCCAAUAAACACUUAUUUUAUUAUUUUGAUAAUGCAGGGCAAUAUUUUAUUUUUAUUAUGUAUGURAUCUGUGAUAUGCAAAUUGUAAAGGUAAAUAAGAGAAGGAAGAAUUGGUAUUGUUGCUAAAAUCUAAAGAUGCAUAAUCAACUUUAAUAAAAUUUAUAACUUCAUGUUUGUA